GUGUCCUGAGAACGUGAUGGUUGGCGUGGAGGGGCGGUGCCGACUGAAGGGCAUGCUGCUGGGCGCCGCGCCGCUGAUGGUGCACCACGAGUCGUACUACGUGAGCCCCGAGGUGGCCGCCGGGGGAGCAAAGACGGCAGCGAGCGACAUGUACGCGCUGGGGCUGCUGCUGCUUGCGAUGCUGGUGGACUCCCACCCCUGGCAGUGGAGUGCGACUGCGGCGCUGGAUCGCUCACGGAAGGAACUUGACUCGCUGCUGGCCGACAGUGCGGCGUUCCGCGAGGCGCUGCGCCAUGGGCUGGUGGAGCCGGUGCCGCCCCCUGCAGACGUGGACGACGCGCUGCGGGCCGUGCUGAAGGCGUCUCUCUGCGCUGCUGCGGUUGAGCGCGGUGAUGUGUUCCUUGCUGUUUGUUUUUUGUUUUACUCGCAUACAUGUGUGCACUGUAUGUUGGUCUUUCGUCUUUGUGUGGCGUGGAUGAGUCUUGCUCUUGUGGCUGCUGCCCAAACGAAGGUUCUGCCUGCUGUGAGGGCGCCUGAUGAAUGUGGGGACGCGUGUGUCUUGUGUUGUUUGUGUAAGCCUGUGAGGGGCACGCCUGCCGGAUACGUACAAAUUUUGUUUUUGGUUGCGUUGUGUGUGCGCUGUUGUUUUUUGAUUGUUAUGAGCUUCCUGUUUCUUGUGUUUUGGCUCGCUAAUUUGAGUUUUUGA